AUUAUGUUCCGCGUUAUGAUACGAGCGGCGUUGUUCUCUUUCAAAUAGUAUUUCAUUUGAGUUCACAGCUGAGUUUAUAAAAUAUAAUAGCAUAAUAUAUAUCAACAUAAUUUGGUUUCAACAGUUCCCUCACUUGCGUUUGUUACCUUUUAUCCUAUUUAUGUAAUCUUCAUAAACAAAUGUAAGCGGUCGACCUUAAAAUCAGCUUUGGCUCGCCGCAGUUAAUGUCAAUCUCACAGGCGCAGUAAUACAGCAGCACCGCUGAGAAGAGCCGCUGUGCGUUUUCUUUUCUCUUCUGAUCUUUCACCCCUUUCUCUCUCCCACUCAGUCUCUCAUAUAUUUAUUUUAGAUUUUCAGAAAUCCAAUACACCCCUCGCUGGCUGCACUUUGGCUCGUUGACAACCGAUUCGCGAACGAAUCGUUCUUUUGAACCGGUUCUUUUUAGUGAUUCGGUCGAGCCGAUUCGCCGAGCAUUCGUAAAUUGACUAGUCUUUUACAGAAUUUCACCACACUUUCCUUCAAAAAAACAUAUUAAAUCUAAGGAGAGUUCACAUUCAAAACAGCAGAGCCAGAUUCCCUCAGGAUUUUACUAUGGGUUUUCGCGAUUUUUAAAUUUGCGAGUAAAAUAAGGUCUGUGGUUUGGUUGCUUGAAGCGACUUUCACGUUUUGUUCUACAACAAUAGUCAUACCUAAAACAUGAAUUAAUUCGGUUAAUUUAUUUCUGUGAGGACAAAUACCUCCAAAACCCGUAAGUAUACAAUGGUAUUUUGUCGGAAACCGUGAUUACUAAUAGUACAUUUUAAGGAGACUCAAAUGAACCAGUGAAUCGUUCAAACGAACCGAUUUGCUUAGAUUAUUCAGACUGCGUGUGCGCGCAGGUCAGCGCUGUUUAUGUUCCUCUGAUCUCCGACGCGCGCUCUGCGUGCACGCGCCCCGCACAGGAUGAUCUUGUUACAUUGUAGCGCGGCGUAACUGUGCGUCAUAAAGAGGAAGAGCGUUUGAUCCAGGCGAAUAGAACGUUUUUAAACUUUUCAUCGGAUACCUCGUAAUUCGUAGGUUACUCAAGAACGUUUGGAGCGCGGAGAGCGGAGGAGAGAUCCUGGUUUACGCAGCGCACGGGGGGUUCGGUGUCGGACGGUGAUUCCAGACUCGGUCCUGACCAUCGAGAUCCCCGUGGAUGACCUCCAGAACAAUGUAUCCGCACGGAAGACCCCAGGCUCCGCUGGUGUCAGGCCACGGCGGCAUGAAGUUCACAGUGCUGGAAACACUCGACCAUAUAAAAGAGGAAUUUCAGCUGUUCCAGGCCCAGUAUCACAGUCUAAAGCUAGGAAUGUGAGAAGUUGGCGAGUGAAAAAACAGAGAUGCACAGACAUUAUAUCAUGUAUUAUGAAAUGUCCUACGGGCUGAACAUUGAAAUGCAGAAGCAGGCGGAGAUUGUAAAGCGGCUCAGUGCUAUAUGCACUCAGAUCAUUCCACUGCUGUCCCAAGAGCAUCAGCAUCAAGUAGCUCAAGCAGUGGAAAGAUCCAAACAUGUUAGCAUGGCCGAGCUCAACGCUAUCAUCGGGCAACAGCAGUUCCAGCAUCUAUCCCAUCAUGCCCCGGGCUUCCCUCUGACGCCACACCCCUCAGGACUGACCCUGGGAGCGGGUGCGAGCCUCAUGGCUCUUCCUGGGGCUUUCCCGUUCCCCCCGCACCUGGCGCCUAAAGAUGACAUCACUCACCCUGAGCACUUGGACUCCAGAGAUGGAGCCCCAAACAGGAGCGGCAGCGGCUCUCCGGUGGGCCAUCGGUCUGCAGGUCUGCGCCUGGGUCUUCCUCCUCCCCCUUCCUCCUCCUCAUCCUCUCACGCUGAUAUGGACAGUAAACGGGGCGGCGCAGAUCAGACCAAUGCGGGACGAACACGGCGGGAGAGUGGCACUAAAAAUGAAGACGUUCUCAGAAGAGACAGCACUAAAGAGAAAAGCGCAUCACCCGCAGGAGUCUCUCCCAGGUCGACUGAAGGGAACGGGCUGAACAGCUCUCCUGUCCUCCGGAAGAAUCCGUCCAGAGAAGGCUCUUCCUCCCCUCGAUCUCAGCCACGCUCACCCGUACUCUGCAAGAGCCCCACUCAGGAGAAAGUGCGAUCUCCUUCUCCUUCAGCGUCCCAUGAAUCACUCUCUCCUGGCUCUCCUGCACCUCCCCGCCCUCUGUCCUCCUCUGCCCGCGGCCCGUCUCCCACUCUCAAACACUAGGACCCACUCCUUCCCAUGGAGUGAGACUAGUGAAAGUCAGCCGCUACCCCUCCCCAGCCCGCCCUUCCCAGAAUGCACGGGGCCAGUCCCAGAAUGCACCGGGUCGGCCCCAGAACGCUCGGGCCUGGGCAUCAGGUGCCUUGUCAGAAGCCCUUCAUCCGUCCUCGUGGCCCUCCGAGCCGAACUCUGAGCGAACCGCAUCUGUGUUUUCACACGCCGGGCGUAAUCAGCCAAUCAGCUGUCUGACAGCUCUGUCAGCCAAUUAGAAAGCAAGCUGAAUAUUCUGUGUGACAGGCAUAUGGAGCCAAGAUACGAAUUUCUCCGUAUCAUCUCCCACACAGAAAUGGACUGAGAUGCUUUUACUGCCAAUUUUGUCAAAACGAGUUCAAAAACAAAGACAUGGAAAUUUUCUGGACAAACGGACAUUAAGGUGUUCCUGUUAUACCACCAUUUCACUUUUUCCCCCAAGAGCUUUUAACUGUCAGAAGAGGGUUCGAAAAACACCCUAAAGUUAUUGCAUUGUUUCCCCUGACUUUAAUAAAACUGUCAUUUUGAGUGAAUCACAUUAGUUUCACAGUAUUCAAAGAGAAAUAAUGCUGUUUUUGCUUGUAAUAAACCAGCUUCUUUUGUUCAUACAUGAAACUCACUUUAUGACACUGAAUUAAGCAAUAAGGUUUGUGAGGCUGUGCUGUAUUGUGAAUAUAAUCAUGGUUAAAGGAUGUUGUUCGGGUGUUUAUAUUCACAAUACAGCACAACAUCGAGUGCCUUAUUGCUUUUUACUACGGUUAACACUUAAUAAAGAAAUAUUAAGGUCACAAAGUUUGAUUAAAAUACCAUUUUAUUAAA